UACAUAAUUUGUUUGGGGAAACCCGCCUUUACAUCUUCACUCCUCAUUCAAAUACAAAAACUCCCCUUGCAUAAAACCCCAGAUUUUAAACCCAAUUUACACACCUAACAAGAUGGCCGGCGAUGAAGAUAACGCCGCGAUCACCGGCGGAGACUCUACCACCACCGAUUUUAAUCCGGAAGAAGCCUACCUGGUAGGUUUUAUCGUAGCCAACAUCGUCGGCGUUCAACACUAUUCCGGCACAAUCAAGGGUCGAGAAAUGGUGGGUCUAGUUCGUGACCCCAUUAACAGGUAUGAUCGUAACGCAAUUAAAGUUGUAAAUAUUAGGAAUGCGCAAGUGGGUAAUAUUGAGCGUUCUGUUGCUGCUGUUUUAGCCCCUUUGGUAGAUGAUAAUUCGAUCAAGAUUCAAGGGAUUGUGCCUAAUAAUAAGAAACGGGGGAAUUUUUGUAAGAUUCCGUGUCAAAUUCAUGUUUUUGCUAAUGGGUUGGAGUUGGAUAGGGUGUAUAAUGAGAUUGUGGAUGGUGGGUUGCAGUUGAUUAGGAGUGAUGGCGUGUGUGGUGGCCUUUCGGAGGCUGCGGUUGUGAGGGAGAGCGUGGAGGAUGAUGGGAAGAGGUUGAAUGAUGUUUUUAAGGGUGUGGAGGAGGUGGGGUUGUUGGAGGAGAUGGAGGCCCCUAAGGAAGUGGUUAAGUCGGAGCUUUUCGUGCAUCAGAAGGAAGGAUUGGGUUGGUUGGUUAAACGAGAGAGUGAGGGUGAGUUACCGCCUUUUUGGGUGGAGAAGGGCGAGGGGGUGUUUGUGAAUGAGAUUACUAAGUUCGAGACGAAGCAAAGGCCGGAGGCAAUGUGUGGUGGGAUAUUUGCGGAUGAUAUGGGGAUGGGUAAGACUCUCACCCUUCUUUCUUUGAUUGCAUUGGAUAAAUUUGGUCUUGUGGAUAGUAGUGGAGCUAGUAACUCGGGGAGCAGUGUAGCUGAUAAAGGGGGUGAGGAAUUUAAUGUUUUUGGUGGUAAGAACUCAAAGAAGAGGCAAGGAACUAAAAUGGUGGAUAAUUUGAAGAAAAAGAAAAAAGUUAAGAGCAGCCUUAAAAAUGAAGGACUUCCUGUUGAUAUUGUAGUUUCGAGGUCAACAUUGGUUGUGUGCCCGCCUUCUGUGUUCUCCACUUGGAUAGCACAAUUGGGGGAACAUACAAAACCAGGAAAGUUGAAAGUUUACUUGUAUUAUGGAGAUAGAACUGAUGACCCAAUAGAGCUUACAAAAUAUGAUUUGGUACUGACCACAUACAGCACACUGGGGUCUGAAGACUCCUCAGAAUCACCAGCAUUUAAAGUGAAUUGGUGGAGGGUGAUUUUGGAUGAGGCGCAUAUCAUAAAAAAUGCCAAUGCUCAACAAACUCGCGCUGUUAAUAAAUUAAGUGCUAAGCGGAGGUGGGUUGUCACAGGAACACCUAUACAAAAUGGAACUAUGGACUUGUUUUCUCUCAUGGCAUUUUUGAGAUAUCAGCCGUUUGCAAAUAAGAGCUACUGGACUACCUUGGUGCAGCAUCCAAUAGACAAUGGUGAUAAAUCUGGGCUCUCACGUCUACAGGCUAUAGUGGCAACCAUUUCCUUGAGAAGGACGAAAGAUAAGGACUUAACUGGAUUGCCGCCAAAGAUAAUGGAAAUCUGUUAUUUUGAUCUUUCUGCAGAGGAAAGGGAACUUUAUGAACGAAUGGAAGGAGAGGCUAAAAGUGUUGUCCAGGAUUACAUCACAUCCGAUAAAUUUACAAGCAAUUAUACAACUGUGCUUAGUAUAAUUCUACGACUCCGCCAGAUUUGCACUGAUGUAGCCCUAUGCCCUACAGAUCUUUUUGCAUCUCUUUCAACCAGCAAUAUAGAAGAUUUGACUAAUAAUCCAGAACUGCUAAAGAAGAUGGUUGCAAUGGUAGAGGACGGUGAAGAUUUUGACUGUCCAAUCUGCAUAUCAACGCCAACAAAUAUUGUGAUCACACGCUGUGCUCACAUUUAUUGCAAGUCCUGCAUUCUCAAGACCCUAAAACAUGCCAAACCUUGCUGCCCUCUAUGCCGACAUGAGCUAUCAGAGUCUGAUCUCUUCUUCCCCCCACCAGAAGUUAGCAAUAUUACUGAAGUUCCAUCUUCCAGCAAAUCAACUAAGAUAUCUGCUCUCCUGAAACUCUUAUCAGCAACACGGGAUCAGGAUCCAGCCACAAAGUCUGUAAUAUUCUCACAGUUUAGAAAGAUGCUGAUUUUACUCGAAGAGCCUUUAAAGAAAGCUGGCUUCAAGAUACUGCGCUUGGAUGGGUCAAUGAAUGCGAAAAAGAGAGCUCAAGUAAUCGAAGAUUUUGAUGUUCCAGCUCCUGAUGGUCCUACAGUUUUGCUUGCCAGUCUCAAGGCAUCAGGUACUGGUAUUAAUCUUAUGGUUGCUUCUAGGGUGUACCUGCUAGAGCCAUGGUGGAAUCCAGCGGUUGAAAAACAGGCAAUGGACAGGGUACAUCGGAUAGGGCAAACAAAAGAGGUGAGAGUUGUUAGAAUUAUUGCCCGAAAUAGCAUAGAAGAGAGGAUAUUGGAGCUUCAGGAGAAAAAGAAGAGAAUGGCUUCAGAAGCUUUUGAAAGGAAGGGUGGCCCCAGAGAUCAGCGAGAGAUUAAGAUAGAGGAUAUCAGGACUCUGAUAUCCCUGUGAGUUGCUCUUCCCAAGUCAUUAGCAUGUUAUAAGUUUUGCUAUGUACAUAACUCUGCAUGAUGCCAGCUGUUUGAUAUUUACCCUGCACGUUUACUAGUCAAGUGAGGGAGGGAUGCCAAAUCCUGUUUUUAACUUUUUGUGUUACUCUAAAGUUGCAAAUCCGUUGGAUCUUUAUUUUCCAUAUUUUCCUAGAAAACAAAGUGCCCACUCCAGCUUUUUGUAUCGCGGAGACAAUUCAUUUUGAGACUUUCGGAUUAUAUUUGACAUAUUUGGAUCAAUGAUAUCAUUGUGCUGCUUCCUCAUUUUAUA